ACUUAAAGAAGUAUUUUAACUGAAGUACUUUACACCACUGAGGGUUACUGCUGGGUAAAACACACACUGGGCGCCAAGGCGUGACAUUUUAUGGGUACUCUCUCAUCUGAUAAAACACACACAGGCUGCCACACACAAACACACUGACAUAGAUUACUCAAUCCCCAGCGAUAGGGCUGUUAUCCUGAUGUGUAGUUAGUUUGACUAUGACAACAAAACACUGUAUUACAAAAACACUUAACAGGUGUGGUGCUGCUGCCUCAUAUAUUGACUUGACCUCAUUUAAUACCAUAUAAUAAGUCAUCCACUGGUAUUGAAAAUAUUCAGAUGUAAAGGGGGGUGUGUCUUUGGUACACUCUCACAAAUAUACAGAACACUAUCUGCUAGACUGCAUAACUAAAGUUUUGACAAAGAACAGAUUAUAAUCAAGGUCAUGUGGGAUCAUGUGACAGGCCUAUGUCUCCCAGGUAAUCUAUAAUAUGCGCACACACACACACACACAUAAUCUAUCUAUAUGGGGUCAACCUUUUUUACGUCCAUAUCCUAUCCUUGAACAUUCCUGAACCUUGAACCUAACCUUUACCAUUUUAAACCUAAUCCCAAGGAUUCCCGAAACUACCUGUGCCACUGGCUGCGAAUUAGAUGUGGGCCACGUAACCACACCCCUAAAUCUCUCUCGCUGUCCGAGUGCGCAAUCUGUUUGUCCAUGUUCUGUGUGCAUGUGCAGUGGGUUGGUAGGCAUUUUGUUUAAUUCGUUCUGCAGCCUAGUCAGACAACCCACGUGCCAGUGUCGAUUCGGUUAAAUCCAAGAUAGCGCUCGAGUCAGAGCAGCCGAAGCCAGCGCGGUUUUUUUACGGGAUGAAAUACAAACUGUUUCGGGACCAUCGCUAGGUGGGAGUGUUGGGGGGCGCCGCAGGUGUGUCACGAACAGGGUCGGGAGACUGACGAGUGGUCAGUCUGGUCCAACUUUGCCGGACAAAGCCGUUAAAUUCACGGUGGCAGAAUCAAUGACUGACUGAGUACUCUGGAGCAAGCAGCAGGGAGAUCAAUCAACAUGUUCAAAUCGGUCUUCCCGCUGAAGAAGCUGAGACGGAGUCGUAAACAUCUGCUGUUCUUAGCCCUGCUGAUGCUGGGAGCUUUCGCUGUUUACCAGGAGUUUGUAGCUACUAGUGUGUGGAGGAUCACCAAUAGCCGUUUCAGUCCUACCAGUGAGGGCAGUCCCAGGAGAAGACCUACCCAAGAAAGAGUGGUUGGAGGUGAUGUGGGGGAGGAUUAUUCAGAAGCCUGGCGUUCCAGCUACACCCCACAGCCCUGGAGGCCAGAGUAUAAGGGACAGGUUAAUCUCCAUAUCUUUGAGGACUGGUGUGGCAGCUCUACAGCUCAGCUCCGCAAGAACCUGCACUACCCACUCUACCCACACUCUAGAACCACUGUAAAGAAGCUGGCUGUUUCUCCUAGAUGGACCAACUAUGGCCUCAGGAUCUUUGGCUAUCUCCACCCCUAUACUGACGGUGAGUUUGUGUUUGCGGUGAGCUCUGAUGAUAACUCUGAGUUCUGGCUGAGCCGGGAUGACUCUCCACUCAACCUGCAGCUACUGACCUGGAUCGGCAAGACUGGCAUGGAGUGGACGGCACCUGGUGAGUUUGGGAAGUACGCCAGUCAGACAUCCAGACCGGUUAGGCUGUCAGUUCAGAGGAUGUACUUCUUUGAGAUCGUCCAUAAACAGAAUGACAGAGGAACAGACCACAUGGAGGUGGCGUGGCAGCUGAACCAGGAGGGUCUAAGCUUUACAGUCAUCAGCUCCAAGUACAUAUCCCUCUAUACCAAUGAGUCUGCUCUGAGGAUGAGUGACACCACUCACAUACCCCAAACGGCCGCCAGUCACACCCGCACGCCUAGCAACCAGCCUGACAACCAGCUGAGCAGCCAGCCUGUGGCCGACAUGCGGAGAGUUGACCCUCGGGACACCCUCUACCAGAUCCCUGCCCUAGACAGUAGGUACCUCCGUGGUGUGUUACCUGACUGCUCCUAUAAACCAAGCUACAUCAUCAAAGGCUUCCCUCUGCUGCGAUACCAGGGUCUGCAGUUUGUCCACAUGUCCUACAUCUACCCCAAUGACUACACACGGCUCACACAGAUGGAGACAGAAAACACCUGCUUCUACCACAACAGUCCCCUAGACCUGGACAGUUAUGGCUUUUCCAGGUACAUGCGGCUGGAUGAGCCAGAAGGGCAGGAGGGAGAGAACAGAGAUAUUGGCAUCUCGAUGAGGAGAAAGGCGGUCCCAGAGGAGGGGUUAGAUGGCGAGGCUCCUCCAAAUGUGGGAGGGGCUAGUGAGACAGACCACACCCCUCCUGACUAUGGAGACGACUAUGACGAUUACGCCAAGAGACGACGACGUAAACUCUUCUCCCUGCCACAGGCCGACAGGGCACCUACACAUAGAAACAUGUCUGAUACUCUCACAUACAAGAAGAGGAGGAGGAGGAAGAGGAGAGGAUCUAAUGCUGUAGUCCAGACCAGAGCAACAGAACUGGAUGGGUUAGAGAUCCCUCAUGGUCCUGGGUCACAUAAACCUAUACAGAAUACACCAGAAGAAAAGCUGAGACCAGCAGACAGACCAGCAGAUAGACCAGUUGAACAGCUCAGACCAGCACAAAAAAAAAAGUCCCGAACAAGGGAACAGAAACCAGGAGGGAAUCCAGCAGACAGAGAAGAUCUGGGUCCAGCAGACCAAAAUCAACCCAGACCAAGAGAGGGACCAGCAGAACAGAACUCAACUGGGUUAAAGAUUUUACCUUCACCACAAAAACUAGACCAGAACAUGCCAACAGACAGAGACAGACCAGCAGAGAGAUACAGACCAGCAGAGAGAGACAGACCAGCAGACAGAGAAAAGCUAGCAGACAGACCAGCAGACGGACCAGCAGACAGAGACGGACUAGCAGACAGAUCAGCAGACAGAGACAGACCACAAGUUCGGCUACCCCAGCUGCAAGGGAGGCGCCGGCGCGUUCAACAGCCUGGUCAGAGGGGUGGGACUAAGAUUAAAUCACCUCUAGAGAAGUUGUACCACAAAGCAACUGUAACUAGGAAGAGAGUCCAGGACCUAGAUACAGAUAUCAUCCUCCGAGCACAAACACAUAUAAAGUCACGACCGCAACCUGACUAUGACAACACAGUCCACAGGGCUCUGCCCCCUGGCGAGGUCAGAGGAAGGAACCCUCUGGUUGAAGGGAUUGACAGAGGGGGGGAGGGUGAGAGAAAGGGGGAGGAGAUGGGUGUGAGUGAGUCUUUAUGGAGUCUGGGGGGAGACUCUGAAGAGGAGGAUGGGCUGGCUUAUGACUCCACGCCUCCACCGGUGUUUGACCCUGAGGUGAACUGGGCUCAGACAUUCCAGGUGACCCCUGUUAACCUCCAGGCGAUGCGUUCUGAUUGGAUAGACCUAAGCUGUAACGUGUCUGGUAACCUGCUGCUCCGCCCUAGUGAUGCUCUGCCUGUCGUCAAGGCCUUCAUGGACAAACUAAACCACAGACACAACAGGCAUUUCUCCCUGGUGCGUGUGCUGAAUGUUGAGAGGAAAGUAGAUGGGGUUCAGGGCAGCAGGUACUUCCUGGAGCUGGAGCUAAGGGACAUGACUGGCCAACACCUUCGUCUGUCACACUACAUCUAUGCUCUGAUUCGCCAUAAUCGAUCUCGCCCCAGGGGAGUCCUUCACCCUGCCCCUGAGACGUUGCUAUGCAAGCCUCUAGGCUUCCACUGGAACCCGACUGCCACUGUACACGUCAUAGUACCAGUAAAGAACCAGGCCCGCUGGGUGCAGCAGCUGAUAGUUGACAUGGAGGGUCUGUACCAGACCACUGGAGACCCCUACUUCAACCUCAUCAUCACUGACUACAACAGCACUGACAUGGAUAUAGAGGCAGCACUAAAGGCAUCCACGCUGCACAGGUACCAGUACGUGAAGCUGAGUGGAAACUUUGAGCGUUCCGCUGGUCUACAGGCUGGCAUCGACCUCAUCAAUGAUGAGCACAGUAUAGCAUUUCUGUGUGACCUUCACAUCCACUUCCCCCCGUCCAUCAUCGACUCAGUCAGGAAACACUGUGUGGAGGGACACAUGGCCUUCGCCCCCAUCGUCAUGAGACUGGACUGUGGGGCUACGCCCAAGGAGCCCAGAGGUUACUGGGAGGUGAAUGGGUUUGGUCUGCUGGGGAUCUAUAAGUCUGACCUGGAUGCAGCAGGAGGCAUGAACACACACGACUUCACUGACCGCUGGGGCGGAGAGGACUGGGAGCUGCUGGACAGGAUUCUGCAGUUGGGUCUGGAGGUGGAGCGUAUCUACCUGAGGAACUUCCUGCAUCACUACCAUUCUAAACGUGGCAUGUGGAACCGGCGCACUCAACGCAGUGGCACGUAACCCACAACUACACAGCCAAAUUGUACAAUGAUGCAGCCAUAACCCACUACAACGCAGCUGUAACUCACAACGACACAUCCGUGGCCACAAGGAAAUCAAGGAAACUGGCGCACUUUAAUGUCCCCACUCCUCGCAUCAGCCAUUUACAGCUGUCGACUGGUUAACGAGAGGGCAGGACAGAGGAGAUUCCUGACAUACCAUUGGGUGAUAUCUCCUGUCAUUAAAACUGUUUGAGGGUGUGGUGAUUAUGAAAUACAGAACAUAGUACUAACUGUCCUGGAAGAAGACACUCUUGAACUAGUGCAGAGGUACUUAAAUCUUAACAUGGAGGUCCACAGUACUACUGGUUAGCCAGAGAGUCCACUCACCCAAGUCUGAAUCAGUACACACACACACACACAUCUUGUUAAAUAUUAGUGAUCAUACAGAAUUUGUAUGUAAUCAGGACCGUGCUUAUUUAUUGAUAAUGACAGGAUGCACCAAUGUUACACUUUAUUCUACCAGUGUAAUACUUUAUUUCAGUUUAAAACAUGGUUUUAUUAAUAUAAUUAAUUAAGAUGGGGGGAAAAGGGAUGACUUCUGAUAGAAGAGAUUAUUAUUGAGGCAUGGGGGGCUUACUGUACUGGAUGGGGAUAUUUCCCUUAAAGCAAUGUGCAUCAUGAAGCCCUGAAUUCACCCGAGUGCUUGCUGUAUAGCUCUACUACCUCAGAGCUCUACUACUGACUCUUGGAUGUGACAUUGUGCCUAUUGAAUGUGUCCUUCAAAGCGCUGUCCAUUUAAUUUUUUAUGGAUUAUACUUCAGAGGAUCCUGCACCCAAAGGCGUUUGGAGGUAUUUUAAGCAAGUUAACAAUUUCUUAUGCAACACUGCGCCUUCUCUACAGCUCCUCUAAAAUGAGAAAACUUUUGGAAUUGGGAAGUACAACCUGAACAUGUCAGUUAAAUGCAAAAUGUUGUUUUCUAUUUCACAAUAGGAUUAGGGGUAUCACAGGACCUUGUAUAUACAGUUGAAGUCGGAAAUGUACAUGCACUUAGGUUGGAGUCAUUAAAACUAGUUUUUCAACCACUCCACAAAUUUCUUGUUAACAAACUAUAGUU